AUGAGAUUUAUCAAUCGGAUCUUGCUGAACAGGCCUUCCCGCCGUGUUUUACUGCUGCUCUGUAUCUUCCUCUCAGUGGCUGUAAUCAUUGGCCAUAACCUCAGGGGUCACCAAAACAUAAAAUCCCUGCAGGAACAGUAUCAUGAAGAAGCUGGCCAGCAUCCUAGCGUCUUUAAGAAUUUCAUCUCAACAUUAACCAAACUCACCGCAACCCCUGAACAUUUAAACCAUUCAUACGUCGUCGAUGACCCCCGGUUCGCUGACGUAAAGGGGGCUAAGAUACCUAAAAUAUACAGUCCAUAUCCGGACUACCAGAGCCAGGAAUGGAACAAAACCCAUCGCGGUAGAUAUUACCCCUGCGAGGGUCCGAGGGGCAAGUUGGUAGCAGAAAAUCUGGACGACCAGGUUGGGGCUUAUGUGGGCGACCUGAAAUUCCCUAAACCCAUGUUUGGCUCUCAUGGAGCUAUAGGCCUUAAUGAAAAUGUCUUCUUUGACCGCUACACAAGAUACGGCGCAUACGGCUUUGGAGAGAAUGAAACGGACGUCAAGAAUUGGAAGAAACCAUCUCGGGUGAAAUGGGGUAAAGUGAACUGGGGGAAGCUUCAACGGCAGUGCGUCGCAAAAAACGCCGCCAGAUUCUAUAGUGACGAGUUUCUGUUGGGUGACUUGCCGCGAAAUUCUUCCAGACGCCAAAUGAAGCCGGAGACACGUACUGCCCUUCUUAUUCGCACGUACGUGGGAAAGACAUACUCCGAUAAUGAUAUGCAUGUCAUCCGCUCGAUGAUCACAGAAUUGUCACUGCAAUCCGGAGGGGAGUAUACUGUUUUUCUCCUCCUGCAUGUCAAGGAUGGGAAGAUUGAACUUGAUAAGGACGACGUGUAUAAACAGGUUAUAAAAGACCACGUACCCAGGGAGUUUUGGGAGAUAACCGUCCUAUGGAAUAUCCCUAUGGUGUCAAAACGCUACCCAGACCUUGUUCAGAUGAGCCUUACUGACGUACACCGCGCCCAAUGGCUCUCCGUCCAACACUUCACCCUCACCCGCCCAGAAUUUAACUACAUCUGGAACUGGGAACUCGACUCCCGCUUCACAGGCCACCACUACGAAUUCGCCUCCAAACUUUCGCAAUUCAGCCGCAACCAACCCCGCCGCGGCCUCUGGGAGCGCAACGCCCGCUUCUAUAUCCCUGCCCUGCACGGCAGUUACAACCAUGCCUUCCGCAAUUUCACCCAACAAUCUGAAACAGAAACCAUAUGGGGUCCCAUGCCCAUUAACCUCAAAUCUCUCAGGCCAGAAGGUCCCUCACCACCAGUUCCCUCACCGGAGGAGGACAACUAUGAAUGGAGCGUAGGCGAAGAUGCAGAUUACAUAGGAUUCCUCCCCAUCUUCCACCCUAUAGGAACUGAAUGGGUCAUCCGCAACGAAGUCUACGGAUACUUGGGUAGUGACACCCCGCGUCGCGCUUCAUUGAUCACUCACUCCCGCUUAUCCAGGCGCCUCCUCCUCGCUAUGGAUAGCGAGAAUGUCCUGGGCCGACACAUGUCAUCUGAACUUUUCCCCGUCUCCGUUUCGCUGUUGCAUGGCUUCAAGGCCGUCGCGGUGCCGCAUCCGAUAUAUUCGGACAGGAAUCUGUCUGCCAAAAGUGUAGAGAGGUGGUUCAAUCCUGGCAUUAAUGGGCGGUCGGGGAGUUCGAGUAAUAGCCCGUUUGGGUGGAAGAGGGAGGCGAGGUUUUUGGAUUUGUCGUGGUAUUAUCGGGCGAAUUUGGCGGGGAGGUUGUAUUGGAAUUUUUUGGGCUGGGAAAAGGGUUCGACUGGGGGUGCUCUUUAUGAAUUUUUGUACGGACGGGUUGUGCUUCCGUCUAUACUCUUCCAUCCGAUUAAGGAUGUACACCCGGAUGCAAAGAGCAUGGGGUAUAAUUUCGAUUUUCAGAAUUAA